CCAGUAGUACCACUAGAGGGUCUACUAUCAGCCUUGACUUAAACUUUAGGAAUAUUGACCAUGUUGAUAUUAAACAUCAAGCUCAGGAAAAUAAGAUGAAAUUAAAGCCUCCGACAAACGAUAAGCUCAAGAAAGCUUCUAAAAGCAUCUCUAACCCUCCAAAACCCGGCUCAACCAAAGAAAAUCAUUUUAGUAAAGGAAAGUGCACUCACCAGUUCAACCAAAUUAUUCAAAACCUGAAAGAGAAGGCCAAUAAUCCACCCGAAAAAUUCCAAAAUAUAAAGAACCUUGCCUAAACAAAAGAAUGUUCGUGACCCGCAACAAGUCUUCCCAAGCCAAUCCUGGCUUCGAAAAACAAGGAAGAAAAGAAAAGGAAAUGAUCCGAUUCACUGAAAAACAAUGUGGCCUCAAAGUUAACCUUUGCAAGUCUUGGUGAUCCUGUAACCAUUAAAAUGGUAAAAUUAUAAAUAAUGUCAAGACGAUUUAUCAGAAGAAUCCUUAUGUGGACAGAUAUGACCUAGAGACUUUGGAGAUGGUCAUCUCCCUGGUAUCUGAUUUUCUUGGCCUAAAGGCAAAUUUUCAAUUAGAUAGUGACCUCUUUAGUACUGAACAAGAUAAAAGGGCAGAAAUCGCAAGUACUUCAUGGGACAAAAGAACUCAACCUCCCAAGAUAAGAGUGGUCUUAGAAUCGAAAAUAAAGAAUGUUUUCUUCAAGAAGAUCUUUAAUGAAGAUAUGAAGAAGCAUAACACAAUGGAGACACCUGAUAAAGAUUUGAAAAAUUUCUUCCAAGACCAGUCUGGCACCACAGUGUAUAAUAAGACCUCUAAAGAAAAGCCUCUAAAACUUCGGAUCACUCAAAGCAGCAGGCCAGGAGACUUCAACAAUGAAGAGAGUGAUUCAGAAAUUGAAGCAGCUUUCUCCUCCUAUAACGAAGACGCUUUGGAAAAGAAUGCCGCAAUAUUGCCAAAGUUCAAUUUUAUUACAAAGGGGAAUCUAGAUUCUAUCCAAGAUUCAAUAAGAAAAGGACAUACUUCACGUAAUUCCUCCUUCCAUAUUGAGGAGAGCAAGUUAGAUCAGAAUUCAAGGCAGAGAAGGCUUGACUAUAAGACCUAGCUGUAAACCAC